AUGAUGGACCGGUUAGAUUUCAGCAGCGAAAUAAGGAGGAUCAACUCGAAGCGAGAGGGUGAAGAAAAGGGGAAUACCAACCCGAGCAAAUUCCUGGUGAGUUACUUUCCGUAUAUAUAUAUCACCAAGAGUCUGCCCUUCAUUUCUUCUGCUCCCCACCACUCUCCCACAUUUCUUCCAAACUUCCAAGCUCGUUCAAGCUUACCCCUCAAAAAAUAUCCACGGCAACCUCAACACUAUCUUCUAUUUCCUGCGACCAACAUGAAGCUCUCCAGCACCCUCCUCUUCCUCACCCUUUCGAGCAUCUCCCUCGCUGCCCCAGCCCCGGCACCAGCCCCCGCCCCGGCACCCAUGCCCCUUCGACCCAAAUGGCCAUACCGCUACUACUGGGGCUUCUACCCAGGCAAACGAUCCCUCUCAGACUCCGCAGCCAAUGCUGAAGCCGAAGUCGAAGUCGUCAAACGCGAGAUCCCAACCCUCAACACUGACCUCUUGAAGAAGCUCGAUGUGCUUCCAGUCCCGACUCCUACAUCCGUCGUUACCAUCAACCCGGAUUUGUUCAAGAAGCCGAUUGCGGUUCCGAAUCAGGCUUUGAAGUGGGGAUUGAGACCUGUUCCUGCUGGGGAGAUUCCUGAGAAUUCUUUUUUGGCAAGCAGUGAGGUGAAGGUGGGAGUAGUGCCCAAGUGA